AUGAAUUCGAUACGGCAGAUAAUAAAUAUUAAUCAGAAGGAAUUGGAGCAGAAUGUGAGUGAUCUGGGGUCAUGGCAUUACGAAUAUAGGGACACCUCAUAUAUUUAUAUUGGGCAAAUACCUUAUGAAUUGAAAGAAGAAGAUAUAAUUGUUAUAUUUUCACAGUUUGGAGUGCCAACACAUAUCAAAUUGAUCAAGGAUAAGGAAACAGGGAAGAGCAAAGGAUUUUGUUAUAUGAAAUACGAGGAUUCUCGGCUGUGUGUAUUAGCUAUUGAUAAUUUAAAUGGGGUUAAAGUUUUUGACAAGAUACUUAAAGUCGACCAUGUUUAUUUCAAAGUGAAGGAGAACGAGCUGGAGGACGAUCUAUUAAUAGAUUAUGGGGUAGCAGCCAAUGCUGAGAUUGAAGGGGAAGAAAAGAAGUUACUUGAAUACAAAGAGACUACCGAGACCGCUGAAGAUACUAAGGAAAGUAAGAAAGAUGAAUUUAAAGAUCCCAUGGAUGAGUUUGAAAAAUUUGAAAAAAUUGACGAAUUUAAAGAUCCCAUGGAUGAAUUUAAAGAUCCCAUGGACGAGUAUAUUAAUAAAGACGAUAGGAAAAGACAGAAACACCGUCACAGUAAACACAAGAAAAGAAAAGAGGUCUAA